CUGUCAGAAAGGGAAGGGCUGGGGCGACUUGGGCGAUUUUACUAUUAGACAGAACAAAAUCUUCCGUUUUUAACGGGAAAACGUAUUAACUAAAUUUAAUAAUGUGAUGAACAGUAUUCCCAGUUAAGGCGUAUUAGCGCCAAAUAAAAAAACGGCGGUAAAACUAACGUUUUGUUGAUAAUAACCUCGUUCGUAAUAGAGGAAUUGUUUUCACAUAAAAACUCUCCAGGAUCAUGUUGAAGUUCAAAAAAAUGGGUUCGGAUAAAGUGCCAUUGCUCCUUGUGACUGCCAACGUGGGAUCUAUCUUCGAAGACCCAUCAGUAAUGCUACCAAUAUGGACGUCAGAAUUCCUGCAGGCCGUCUCCCGAAUGGACCCGAAGUUCAUAGCCCUUCAUCUUCAGGAAGUCGGCGGCAAGGCUUAUGAGAAGUCCAUGCAGUACGUCCAGGACUUCGUCCAGAGACUCUGUGACUGUCCAGAGCUGAGGCUCUUCGAUAAGAUCAGGAUAUUUCUGGACGAGGACUUCAGCUCUCCGGAGAAGUUUACGGCUCUAGGCAACAUGUACUUCGCCCAUUCCUCUCUAACCGACCUGAAGAUAUGGGACUUCGAGCAGAAGGCUUACGUGGAAGCCACAGGCAAGGAGGUCCAUGCUGGCAACAUUGAGAAGGUCACCACCAAAGAGAAGGCCAAGUUUCCGCAGCAUUUCUUCCCGGAGUGUAAAUGGUCGCGCAAAGGGUUCCUGCGCACGCGCUGGUGGAUCCGCGGCACGGCGGUGGAGUUCGUCAACAUACAUCUGUUUCACGACGCCUCUAACCUGCUGGCUAUUGAGCCUUUCCCUUCUGUAUACUGCAGAUCGCGGCGCCGCGCGUUACGUCACACGCUGCGUCACCUGCACUCCGACGUCAACGCGGCUCCAUACUUCAUAUUCGGAGACUUUAACUUCAGGACUGAUACUGCUGGCGUUGUUAAGAAGGUGACAGAAGAUCUCUCCGGCAGCCGCUUACAGAACGGCACCAACGUGGAUGCCUGUAAGCUGCAGUACCGCGCCCCUGGGGACGGCAGGCUGGUGCUGACGAUAGGCAAGAAGGAGUUCUCCCAUGUCGACCAUCAGAAGAUAUUUAGGGAGCCUUGGUUGCAGCGCUUCGACCGCGAGCUGGAGGCGCUGCGGCCGCAGCUGUACGAGUUCCCCGUCAAGUUCCCCCCCACAUACCCCUUCGAGGAGGACCCGCUGCUGCCCACGCACUACAUGAAGACCAGAUGUCCAGCCUGGUGUGACAGGAUUCUGUUGUCGCAGUCGGCGCGGCUGCUGGUGCAGACGCAGGACACUGCCCGACCUGCUGAUAAUAGACAUAUGCAUUCCUCUAGGAAGUCAGUGACAGACUCAACGGACAGCAGCGGUCGAGUGUCGUCUUCCGACAGCAGCCCCGCAAGGUCCGGCUCGCCUGCGAGGCAGAAUACACAGGGCAGUCCAGGCAAGACUUUAGAGAAGAAAAGCAGUAUGGCAGAGCUCGACGCUCUAUCCGUACCCGUCGCCAACAUGAACUUCAGCCGCAAGAGCAUCGCCGACCCCACCAGCGUGCAGCAGGCCAUCAGUGCCAGGAUGUGUGAGGCAGAAGGCACACGUCGUCGGCUGGUGCGCAACCAGUCGGAGGGCGAGCCCGCGCCCCGACGCGACCCCCACACGCGCCGACGCGUCGCUUACGGCGUCAUAGGCGACGCCGCCUGCAUGGGGGAUCAUAAGCCAAUCUACUUACGCGUGAUGCUACAAACGGACCGAGGUAGUACUCCCUGCUGCAACCCCCUCCUCUGUCCCCUCCCCGCCACCCUGUCCCUCACCUCCCGCGCCUCCCCCCUCCCCCGCCUGCCUACAGACCCCGACCUCUACGCCAACAAGAAACUCAAACUACCCCCCUCUACUAGCCACCCAGACAAAUUAACAGACGAAAACCUUAAACGUACUAGAACGGGCUCAUUAAACGAAUCUAUGUUCCGAAUACCACAUGUAGAAAUAACUAGUGCUGACGGUAGUUACGAUGGAAUUUACGUUAACGAUAUCGAUAAUACUCUUUUGUCUGUUCGACGAUGUGUCGAUCCUUAUACGCCAGAAAGUAUCGAUUCCCACAGCCCUAAUGUCGAAGCUUCAUCUGGUUCCGAUGAAUUAUCUGUCGAAGUGACAGAAAUAUCGACUAACAAAUCGACUAAAUUGAGCCGAGACAGAAGCGUUUCACCAACACAGUUAAAGAAUCGAUUAGAUAAGUUACUAUCGGAUAAAGAUGAUAAGGUUAAAUCGAUACCUGAAAUUCAGAGGUUGAAUAGUCGGGAGUCGUGUAAGUCUGAGGCUAGUAAAAGUAAAGGUGGUUUGUGUUGUUUAGCACUAAAAUGUUAUGGGUUCUGUAGGCGGAAGGCGAGGAAAGUCAAAUGUGAUUGUAGCGGCUUAACCAAGUGUUGCACUUAAAAGCUUAUUUUUUUUAAGUUGGGAUACUUAAACGCCACUUAAUUUUAAACUAGAUAAUAUCUUAACGUAUGGUAGAUAAAUCCUAAGUGUACCUUGAUAUAAGUCUGAAGUUAGGCAAUUUAGCUCGUCAGUAGUCAAUUUUAUUCUUAAAAAUUCUACUGUGCUAGUAUUCAACUAAAUUCGGAUUUGACACGUUACGUCGAAUGUACUAUGAAAAAUAAUUUUAAAAAGACUUGAAUUGUAGUAGGCGUUUAUGUAUUCCAAUAAUAGUAAUGUAUCUGACUCGAUUAGUUUUUGUUUUAGUCGAUUUUUUUAACGAUUAUUAACUUCGAAAUUUAAUUCGACUAUUUUUGUGUAGUGACGGUAAAAAGUAUGUUUUUUUGCAAUGGUAUUAUUAUUUUUUAUUUUUUGGACAUUUUCGAAGUUGAUAAUCGUUUGAUAAUGCAUUGUUUGUGCAGUUUUUAUUUUUCGUAUUUAAUUGUAAUGCACUGUUUUGACUUUUUUUAUUUUGUAUUAAUUUUUAAUAAUUAUUAUAAAACCUUUAAUAAGGUUUUGUUUGACCAAAAAAUGGUAAUAUUCUUACCGUGGACGCAUGGUAAUUUGAUGCCGCAUGCAUUUUUAACUUUAACAUAUCAAUGUCCUAUUGAACUUAAUUUAAUUAUUCAAUUAAUUUGUAUAAUACAGUUUUAGGUAUAAUCUUGCUACUAGUCGAAAUAAUCUAUCGAUAUAUCGAUUAGGCCCUCGAGUCACCACUCUAAAAUAUUUGACAGUCAAAACCAUAGAGUGUUGUGGACUUUUUUAAGACAAAAGCAUUAUUCCUAAUUUUCCACUAUUAUUAUUAAUAAUAAAUUAUUGCAAUAUUUUUCUUAAGGGGCGUACUCAAUGCAAUAUAAUAGUUAAUAUUUAAUUUGUUAUUUACUUAAUGACUCAGUUAAUUUAAUAAAAUCUUAUACCAAAUGGUUUGUAAAGUCUAGUCUUUAUGCUCAAGUGGAUCUUAAAUACAUACUCCUUUGGGUAUGUAAAUAUUUGCUUUUAAAAUUUAUGAUUUUGUUGAUUUGGUCUAGAUUGAAUACUAAAGGAUAAAUACUCGUUUUCCACCCGUCGUAAAUCAAUUUUAGCAGAAGUUACAAGAAAAAUAAAAUGUGAACAAUGGUCUUAGUUCUAUGACCACUAGAACGGGCUUUAUAGCUGAAUCACAAAAGAGUGAAAUAAAUGAAAAAAAAAACUCUAGCCUGGCAUCGCCAAACAUUUUUCGUCCAGUUUUGCUAAAUUCGUUUACUGUAAAGCGUACCUUUGAGAAAGUGGUUAUAGAAUUAACCAAUAGGCACCAUGUAUAUGAGAAAUACAAAAUCUUCAAAUGCAAUUUACCUGCACUUCUAAAACGACUUUGUGGUUCAACGGCUAACCUGACAUCUUUCUUUUACGAGUACUAUAUUUAACCUAGAACAUUUCAACAAAAUACGCCACUAAAUAACUUAAAAAGUAUUAUAAAAUAAUUGGUAUUUUAUCUGAAUUGGUAUUUUAUCUGAAUUAACUUAAACUUAACAGUCACUCUUAGUUACCAUUGUUUUUGGUUUAAAGUCACUAUUUUUAUUUAAGACUGGUAACACUUAUCUUAUUUAAUUUUUCACAGUGGUAAGACCUUACGAUCUUAUUUUUAUUUAUUAAAAAGUGUCUGUUAUGCAUAAUUUAUUAAAAUACCUAAGUCUUAGGAAUUAUACAAUAUUUGCGUCUUUUAUACUUCUAGCCAAUGAAAUUAAACGAUCUAAGGCACAUUUUUUUAACAUUGAUCUAUACAUGUCGACAUUUUUGAUAUCGAUAAUAGUGCUUUUGGAUUCUAUCGAUAUUAAUUUCUCAAGUCUUAUAGUUAUCGACACGCCAUUAUCAAAAUUAAAACUUUCUACUAUUCCUUGGAUAUUCACGUAAGAGGAAAAAAAAACUCGCUUGUAACGACAUAUUUAUAUAUAUUCAUAUAUAAUCAUGUCACUAGAACAAGUUAGAUCAAAUCGUUUAGUUGUUAAAGCUAUAAUAGGAAUUAAAACACAGACAUACAUAAUAUUCGCACUAAAUAGAAAUAAUAUACCUACUAAAAUAUUUCACCAUCAUUCUUUUCGUAGUCGAGUAAAAAGAUCGUAAGUUCUAACCACUGUUCACUUAGUGCCCUAUUUAUUAAUAAGAACCGAUCAAUUUUGUUUACUAUCCGUAAACAGAAUUACUGCAGAUUUCAAUAACCGAUCCAUCCAUUCGUCGUUUGCGACCGGAGAUUGUUUUUUGAGAUUAUCUUCAUGUAAAUUAAGAUUCUCUAAGAGCUCUGCCUCAUUAAGACGCCAUAGACGUCGCCGGCUACGUAAUCAAGCAGUUAAUAUUAAAAUGUAUGGAACCUAACUCACUUGACUCACUUUUGGUCGACCAAAUUGGAAGCGUGGCCACGAGUUACAGUUCCCUACGUGGCUUCUGUCUACUCUGGCAGAUUUAAAGUGCACCUCGCUCACAUAGUCGCUAGUGUGGGCGCCAGUCAGCCGCCAUUUUAGACGUUUUCUUCUAUAUCCACUAGCCACUCGACUUAGCGACCUUCUGAUGCCAGAGGUAGCCAGACCUGCGGCUUAUGAGGCAGAGCUCUAAUCGCAAAACAAUGAAAGGAUCGGUUAUUGAAAUCUGCACUUAAUCGUUUCUUGUUAUAAGAACGGGGCAGUAGUAAUACGUAAGAACACGUAUAUGUAAGUUAAACCUUGAUGAGGUGUCGAUUAAAAAUAAACUUUAUUUGCACUGA